AUGGCCGAGGGCGGAGUGAGUCACUCUUUUCAGUGUGUUCUGCCGGAGCCCAAGUACUGAGACCACAUUUACAGGGCUUUGUGCGAGCAAGAUAAGCACCCUGCCACUAAGCACUCGCAAGGUCUUCUCCCUGAGAGCUGCUGGCUUACCCUUUGAUAAGCAACCCAAGCCCAUGAUUGUGCCCUGGCUGCCUGAUCAGCUGUGAGAGCGAGAACAGGCCGUGAAAACAACACAGGAAGACGCCAGGUCCAUGUGACAGCUAUGAGUGGAGUUUUAAAGGGGACCUUUGAAGACGCUGACAGCGCCUCACUCUGCUCUUCUGUGCAGGCGUCAGAUGAUGAUGUUUUUAGCUGUGACAGUGCUGAGAGUCUGGAUAGUGUCAGUCUGUCCACACCUGAUCAUUUACCCAAAAAAAUAAGAAGAUAUCAAGAGACUGAAAAAAUAUUUUCAGAAGCAUAGAGUCUUCAGAGGACCCUGCAGUUCAUGAGGCCACAAGGUACAUGUGACAAGGCCGCAGCUAUGAGUGGAAUUCUCAAGAGGAAGUUUGAAGAUGUCGACGCCUCCUCACCCUGCUCCUCUGCCCGGGAAUCCGAUGAUGAAGUCUCCAGCAGUGAAAGCGCGGACAGCGGGGACAGCGUCAAUCCAUCCACCUCGAACCACUUCACCCCUUCCUCCAUCCUCAAAAGAGAGAAACGGCUGAGGACGAAGAACGUGCAUUUCAGUUGUGUCACGGUGUACUACUUCACCAGGAGGCAGGGCUUCACCAGUGUGCCCAGCCAGGGGGGCAGCACUCUGGGCAUGUCCAGCCGUCACAACAGCGUGCGCCAGUACACCCUGGGCGAGUUUGCAAGGGAGCAGGAACGGCUGCACCGGGAGAUGCUGAGAGAACACCUCAGGGAGGAGAAGCUCAACUCUCUAAAGCUAAAGAUGACAAAGAAUGGCACAGUGGAAUCUGAAGAGGCUAGCACUCUGACAGUGGAUGACAUUUCCGAUGAUGACAUUGAUUUAGACAACACAGAAGUAGAUGAAUACUUCUUCCUACAACCCCUGCCCACCAAAAAACGGAGAGCCCUGCUGCGUGCCUCUGGAGUGAAGAAGAUCGACGUGGAAGAAAAACAUGAGCUGCGAGCCAUCCGCCUGUCCCGGGAGGACUGUGGCUGUGACUGCAGAGUGUUCUGUGAUCCAGAAACAUGUACUUGCAGCCUGGCAGGCAUUAAGUGUCAGGUGGAUCGUAUGUCUUUCCCAUGUGGCUGCACUAAAGAAGGCUGUAGUAACACAGCAGGUAGAAUUGAAUUUAAUCCUAUCCGUGUCCGGACUCAUUUUUUGCACACAAUAAUGAAACUCGAACUGGAAAAAAACCGGGAGCAGCAAAUCCCCACGCUGAACGGCUGCCACGGUGAGAUAAGCACCCACAGUACUUCCAUGGGCCCCGUCGCCCACUCUGUAGAAUAUUCCAUUGCAGACAAUUUUGAGAUUGAAACUGAACCGCAGGCCGCAGUGUUGCACCUGCAGGAGGAGCUGGAUUGCCAAGGAGAGGAGGAGGAAGAGGAAGAGGAUGGAAGCAGUUUCUGCAGCGGAGUCACCGACUCCAGCACGCAAAGCCUGGCCCCCAGUGAAUCGGAUGAGGAGGAAGAAGAGGAGGAGGAGGAAGAGGAAGAGGAGGAAGAAGAUGACGAUGAGGACAAGGGAGACAGCUUUGUAGAAGGGCUCGGAGCCCAUGCUGAAGUCGUCCCUCUUCCUUCUGUCCUUUGUUACUCUGACGGUACCGCAGUUCAUGAAAGCCACACAAAAAAUGCUUCCUUUUACGCUAGCUCUUCAACUCUGUACUACCAAAUAGACAGCCACAUCCCAGGAACUCCUAGCCAGAUCUCUGACAACUAUUCUGAAAGAGAUACUGUAAAAAACGGUGCCCUUUCGCUGGUGCCUUACACCAUGACCCCAGAGCGAUUUGUUGACUAUGCCAGACAAGCGGAGGAGGCCUACGGAGCCUCCCACUACCCAGCUGCCAACCCGUCUGUCAUUGUUUGCUGCCCCCCUCCUGAGAAUGACAGUGGGGUGCCCUGUAACACCUUAUAUCCUGAACACAGGUCCAAUCUUCCCCAAGUGGAAUUUCACUCAUACUUGAAAGGCCCCUCCCAGGAAGGGUUUGUCUCCACAUUGAAUGGUGACAGCCACAUUUCAGAGCAUCCUGCAGAAAAUUCUCUGGGCCUUGCUGAAAAGAGCCGGUUGCAUGAAGAGUGCAUCAAAUCCCCCGUGGUGGAGACAGUCCCUGUUUAGUUGCUUAAAUUAUUCUAUUACAUGACCAAAUCUUCUAUUUAAGCCACUGUAUUGCAUUUGCUGGGCUCAUCAUUGUUUAACCUGAAGACCAAGAAUAUUUGGACUGUGAUUAAUCUUCCAGACAGUAUUUUUUUCCUUCCUUUCUAGCUUUUCAACUGUGGUGUGGCACAAAUAAAAUACAGUCGCUAUGGGGAUUUUAAACAAUUUUGAACUGUUUUGAUAGAAAAUGCUAAAUUGAAAAAAAUGCAUAUCUCACAGUUGCCUACCUGUCAAACUGUGUGAAUCCUGCCAAGCUAUGCAGAUCAUAGCUCCAAGUUUUAGAUUAUCGGGCCUGUGCAAGAUUGUUAACUAAGAGUAGAAAAUACUCAGAUUUAGAGUCCUAAUUUUCGAUAUAUCUGAAGAUGAUGGUGACUUUUUAAUGUAAAAGUAAUUAUUGUAAGAAAAAGAUUGAAUUGUUUCUUGUGUAUUUUAUUUAUGGUAGUUUAGAAGUCACGCUUUGAUGAAAAUGAACAGCAUGUUCACUGAAGCUGCAGUUGUGUUCGCUAGCACCACAGAGCAUGCCCACAAGGAUUGCACCUGGAAUCCACCCACAUUUUUAUGAUCAUGACUAAGCAGAUUUGCAAAUACUUUCUUAAGGAUGAGAUAGGCCUAUUUUUGCUAUUUGGGACAAAUGAGUCUAUAUGUGCAGGUCCUUACGCAGUUUUCUCUAAAGUUAAGAGUUAGGACAAUCCUCUGGUGAGGGUCCAGUUCACUGCCCUCCCUCAGCUGAGAUAUACGGAACUGCCUUUCUUUUUAAAACAGUGGUGUCAUCUUGUUUAUUAGCUUAGACAGCACCUUUAAACUCUACCCCCUCCAUCAAAAUGCACUUUAGUGCCCCUUCAUGGUACCUCAUGUGGGGUGGGGUCUCAGAACUCAGAACGCUUUGAAAUCAAAAAUUUUUAAUUAUAAAAAAGUUAACUAUUGUAUGGUUCGUACAGUAGAGAUAGAGGAUUCUUCCAAUGGUGUGAAGAAAAUGUCUUGUUUUCCUUCAUCACUCUGAGGUCCUAACUCAGUAACACAGAGGAGGCUGGGGAGAGGGAGAGAGAGAGAGAGAGAGAGAGAGAGCGAGCAGCCUCAGAACCAAUCUAUUCCAAUCUAUUCUACACCAUGAUCAACCCAUCUCUACAAAAGCAAAAACAUGUAAUGAGAUUUCCGCUUGUGACUAGCUGACUAGGCCUCUACUCACAUGCUCAUUAGGCCUCACUUUCUGAGGCACUUUUCUUUCUCUUGCCUUGGUACCGUAGUCCGGAAUGCAUUGCAAAGGCAGCCACCUCACGUUCUCUUACUAAGUAAAGAGAAUGCAUAGAAAGGAAACAUGCUCUGCCUGCCUCUGAGUUGCCUACUUGGUGCCUGGGAGAACUCUGAACAAGCUCUCUUCCUGUUAGCUUAAGUAUCUACUGGACAAGUGCUAUGGUUUCCCCCAAUGCAAUGAUUAUGCCAAAUCCACUUCCCAGUUUUGACUUUCUCUCGUUUCAUCGAUUCACAUGUUUUAUGACUAUAAAAAGGAGGCACACCCUGCUAUGUAGUAACUGCACCCCUAAUUUUUUUUUAUGCCUCCUAGAUCUGGGUAUUUAGAUAUCCUACGGGUUUCAGUUCCUUACAACAUACUAUUCUAUUUGCUCAAACUUCAAUGUGCUCCAGAGUCCUGCAGUGAGAAGUUUCUAUUUAAACUGGAUGUGGGGAAAGUGUUUGCUUAUGGAGUUGGUUCCUGCCUGUCUCGACACCACCUCAAAGGCCAAAUCAACUCUAAUUAUUACUAACAUUAAAAGCACUUUGAGUUUGUCAUGCUCUAGAAAGCAGUAAUGGAGGUGGGUUGCUCCUUUUGUUGAUUGGUGGGGCUAUUCGGAUGGGCGUUUGCUCCAACUGUGGUGGUGUGACCAAAGUUAUCUGCAGUGUUGCCGUUUCAGUGUUUGAUCUCCAGUUUCCCUGGCCCCAGCCUAUGCAGUCUGAAGAGCAGGGACCCAAAGAGGAAAUGACAGUAGGCUGUCGUUCCCUCAUUCAAGCAAAUGAAAGAGUUCUGAGUUUCACCUUUGCUGGACCAUUCCAAUCUCUGAAGUACUGGCUGGUGAGGCACGCUCUGGCUACCCUUAGGACAGAGUACAGGGAGGCCCAGGGCCACCCUGACUAGGGUAGAGUUGAGGGGUCAUGUCAGUCCAGUUCCUGAGUCCUUAGAUACGCUUACUUCCAUCAAGCCUUAUUUUACAAGGCUCGAAGCCUGCCUUUUUGUAUUGGGCUGGGUUUCUCUUUUGCAGCUUUAUUUUUCCCAAAAGGGACACUUCAAAAACAGAGCUUUCUUCCUCUCUCUAUUCAGUUGGGAUAGAAAGUCUCACUCUGCUAAGGAUAAUUGCCUUUCUAAGCAUGAAAGCUGCCAUUCUAAUUUUUCACAUACCUAAGUAGUCCAUAGACAUCUCUCACAAAUCAUAAUAGGUACAGGCUACCUAUUUUAACAACAACAGCUAAAAUCCUAUGUACUUUAUCUGUGUUAUACACACACAAGCACAGAAUACACAUGUACCAUACCUUAGAAUGGGACAGAUUUUAGGCAGUAGCUAGUAAUGAGUACUGGAUAUUUAGCUCCUACUUUACAAUCAGAUUGUUGUUUUAUCUAAAAAAAAUAUAUAUAUAUAUAGAAGAAAAGUUUGAAAGCGAUUGAUAGAAAAUAUUGGGUUAAAGUUAAAAAUAAUAUUGAUGUGGAACUAUCUCAUUGUGUCUUUCUUUCCCAGUAAAGAACUGAGAACACAAUGAUUCCUCUGGAUUGUUCUCCCAUUAAUAGGCCUCCUAUUUAAUAAAAACUGUCCACAUGCAAGGCAAGUGCCACAGUGGUUUCUGGUUUUCAAAAGAAGGGAUAUAGUUGGAUGCAGCCAGGUUGAGACACUGUAAGUCUUUGCACCAGGGCACAAUGCUGUGACCUGCAGCUGUCACGCUGCUUCUGUAGUAUAUCUAACCAAUUAGAGUCUUGUGUGUGUGUGCCUCCCAAGGGUUGCACUAUCAAUGACACAGGCCAAUGCUCCAGACCCUAUUGUUUUAAAGACUUGAUUCCCAGAUCUACUCCUGACCAAAUUGAUUUGCAAGUCAAGUGAACUAAUCAGCCUCAUCCCCUUCAUCUUUUUUUAAUUUCUCAUUGGUAAAAAGAAAUCAAACACCAUUUUUAAGUCCCCCCCCCCCCGCAAUGUAUUGACCAUCAAUUUCUAAAAUAUAAGUUAAAAUUCAAUUGUCUCUUUUUUUAGUAGAUUGAAUAAUAUAGCCUUUUUGAAAACCAGUCGUUGUGAGGUAAUUGUGUUUUCCUCGUCAUAUCAUGCCAACCAUGUAUAAAAUAUCUAACAUUUCCUCAAGUGGUGAAAUCCAUAUAAUCACAGGACCUAGCAGUACCAGCACCUCUGGCAUGCUCCUAGGAAACAGUGCCAGUUACAGAAACUUGCCCCAGUUCUUGAGACAUGCAGAGGUUAGACCGAUUACAUGCUAGGCAAAAUUGUGAUUUAGAUUUUAUUAAACAAGAACAUGUGCCAUAAUUUAUUCCUAAUCGUUACCUCACUUUUUAAUUGUUACCUUGCACAAGUUCUUAAUGACUUAGUGUUGAUUGUCAGAAUGUGACAAAUAUCCAUUUGUUUCCUUUUAACAAAUAUUUAUUGAAUACCUCCUGUGUUGUAACAGCUGACUUGGUAGCAAAAGGGGCAGGAGAAUGCAUAUGUGGAAGGGUGAGGACAGUGGAGGGUGGCAUGAGAUGGUCAAGCCUGACCAGAUUUUACAUGGAAUCCUCCAGUGCCCUUUAGAAACAGCUGUCCCCGAGUCUUCUCAUUCUGCACAAACUGCUUCUAAAAAGAGAUGCUUUUCCCUAAAUUAAUGGAACUUACUACACCCUCUUGAAACUGAGGAAAUAAAUUUGGGUUCUGGGAAAAGAUGUUCAGCGAGUCUUUCUUGGAUGCAGAUCUAUCUAAGAAUGUGUCAAGUGUAGACUAGUAAACUCCCACCAGUUUUGACCUAUACAGAACCCAGAGAACUUUAGAAGCAGUGUGGGACAUGAGCCUCUUACUCACUUUACAAACAGACUAUUCAAAUGGUAGAACCCUGCACCGAAGGCAUUGCCUAGAAGCCGAUAGAAAAUGAGAGAGGUCAUUAGAGACCCCUCCUUUCAGCUGUAGUUACAUUCCAGUGACAGUUUACAGUCAUUAUAGUCAACAUAUAAAAUGACAAGUGUAAAUGGAAGGCACCUUUAUGCUCUCAUGGUCCAAAUGACUAUAAUUUGAAAUUGUAACUAUUUGUUGUAUUGUUGCCAUGACCAACAUACGAAGUGCAAGGCUUGUUCCCUUUUACUCCUACUACGAAAUUGAGAUUUCUUAUUGUAACAUUUUCUAAGUGUGUGAACUUAUGCUGGCAGGAGUCACUUAGAUGCACCAACAGUUAGUUCAGCUCACCAGUUAUUUUCUGCAUCAUGACAGAGUUUAACUGAAGAACCCCAGUUUGAAAACUCACUAAAAUCCUGAAAGGGACAAGACAGUGGUUCAGAUGGAAUGGAAGUUUGGAACUGAUAGUGUCUGCUAAGAACUAUCAAUAUGUUCAGAGCUAAACCGGGGGUUAGUGUGCUGGGGCUUCAUAAAUGGUAGGCACUCCAAAACCAGAACAGUCACUUCUGAUGGGCCUGCCCCCAGAGCCUAGAUGGUAUUCACAUUUGCUGGCCAACAUCCAAAGCAGUCGUGGUUCACUCUAAAAUAUAAGACCACAGAUCUCCAGCAAUCCGAAGAAAGUCUUUAAACUUGGGGCAUGUGCGUGCGCGCAUGCGCGCGCGCACACACACACACACACACACACACACACACACACACACUCAAUGCUAAAUGAUUAAGCAACUAGCAUUGUUGACAUAAGUAAGGGAUUUGGAAAGAGAAUUCAUCUUGAACAAAUGUGACCCGGAAACAGUCACUUGUAAGCUUUUCCUCAUUUCCUAUCUUGCCAGGACGCCUCAAGCAAGACUAUGAGACCCAGUGUCUUCUAAACAGCAUGAUGUCUCUCUCUUUUGUUCUCAUCAGAAACUUAAACCUGAAAGCUUGGCACUGCCUGGGUUCUCUGGUGGUCAGCAGUAGGGCUAAUAUAUCUGUACGCUGUCUUGCCUGCCAUGGGGGUUUCCAUUCUGAGAGGGGUAAGUCAGAUAGAAAGAGGAGAAUCGGGAGAGGUGGAAUGAGCUCCUAAACCAGGAUGCCUUUUCAGUAUGUUGUUUAUGAGAAGACUGUUUUCGUUUUGUUUUGAAUGCCCUUAACAUAGAAGCUGGAACUUUAGUGCAUGCAGAUAUUUGUUACGUAUGGGGAAAGCAAUCCCUCCGAAGAUUUUUGUCCUUGGCCUUCCACUAUGCAGGACUGUUGCUAUGUGUCUGUCCCUUCAUGCUUGCUUACAUUUCAAGAAAAGACGAUUCUAUGGUCAUUUUAUUUCAUCUUUCACAGAAGCUGGUGGGACCAAGCUUGUGAUGGAGGAUAACCGAUGCGAUUUAAAACAGUAUUUGUACUCAGCAUGCUUGCUGAAAUUCCUCAGACUAUCUCAUUAGCACACUGAGAGUAAAGGCAGUUCAAAUUAUGUUUUUUGUCACAUGUACAAGGUCGUCUAAGUAUUUUUAAGGAUAAUGUAUAUUGAUUAGAAAGGGCUGUAAGGAGAUAAAUUGGCUAGAAAUCAGCCUUUUGUCAAAACUGAUUGACAUGACUAUUGAUUUUUAGUUGCGGCAUUAAAACAGCUUCAUAGUUAAAUGUCAUUUCUUUUUAACUCUAUUCCAUUUUUUUGGGGGUGGGGGCUGGCUUGGAAUGAGCCUAAAAGUUAUUUAUUAAUGAGGAUCUGGAAGAAAACUGAACAAUAAGGUGUCUCUUUAAAAAUUACCUAGAGGGCUGGAGAGAUGGCUCAGAGGUUAAGAG